AUGGCUGGCUACCUGAGUGAAUCAGACUUUGUGAUGGUGGAGGAGGGCUUCACCACCAGAGACCUGCUGGAGGAGCUGACCCUGGGGGGCCCACAGGAUGAAGGUACCUCCUUCUUUGUGGCCGACCUGGGAGAUGUGGUGAAGAAGCACCUUCGUUUUCUGAAGAACCUGCCCCGUGUCAGACCCUUCUAUGUCGUCAAGUGCAACAGCAGCCCUGGGGUGCUGAGGGCCCUGGCUGAGCUGGGGCUGGGGUUCAGUUGUGCUAAUAAGGCAGAGAUGGAGCUGUUGCGGCACAUUGGGGUCCCUGCCCACAAGAUCAUCUAUACCAGCCCAUGCAAGCAGGCUGCCCAGGUGAAGCAGGCCGCUAGGCUUGGCAUUCGAAUGCUCAGCUUUGACAACGAGGUGGAACUGGCGAAGGUGGCGAGGUCCCACCCCACUGCCAGGAUGGUUUUACGCAUUGCCACAGAUGACUCCUGCUCUCCUGCCCGCCUGAGCAUGAAGCUCGGGGCUACUCUGAAGUCCUGUAGACACCUGCUAGAAACUGCCAAGAAGAUGAACAUGGAGGUGGUGGGUGUUAGUUUCCAUGUUGGAAGUGGCUGCUCCUCCGAUCCUCAGGCCUUUACCCAAUCCAUCGCAGAUGCGCGCCUGGUAUUUGAAAUGGGGACUGAGCUGGGCUACCGGAUGCACAUCCUGGAUCUUGGAGGUGGCUUUCCUGGCACUGAGGACUCCAAAGUCAGGUUUGAAGAGAUGGCUUCUGUGAUCAACUCAGCCUUGGAUAUGUACUUCCCUGAAGGCUGUGGAGUAGACAUUCUGGCUGAGCCUGGACGUUAUUACGUGGCUUCUGCUUUCACCUUGGCUGUCAGGAUUGUUGCCAAAAAGGAAGUUCCAUCAGAUCAGACUGGCUUGGAUGAGGAAGACGGGGCCUCUCCCAAGAGUAUCGUGUACCAUAUUUCUGAGGGUGUCUAUGGAGCCUUCAACUGUGUCUUCUUUGACAACGCUUGCCCCAUGCCCAUCUUGCAGAAGAAACCAUCUCCAGAUCAGCGUGUGUAUAGCAGCAGCCUCUGGGGCCCAACCUGUGAUGACUUGGACCAUGUGGCUGAGGGCCUCUGUCUGCCGGAGCUGCAGCUGGGUGAUUGGCUCAUCUUUGAGAACAUGGGAGCCUACACCGUGGGCACGACAGCCUCCUGCAGUGGGCAACAAACCUGCCAGACUACUUACGCCAUGUCUAGAGUCACCUGGGAAGCAGUUCGAGGCAGGCUUCUGCCUCCAGAAGAGGACACAGAGGACAUGUGUAAACCCCUGUCCUGUGGCUGGGAGAUCGCAGACACUCUGUGUGUGGGCCCUGUCUUUGCUCCCACAAGCAUCAUCUGA